CCACACUACGCCCCCCUCACUCUUUAGGAGGCACUCAACACGAACACAAACGCAAACACAACACAACGCAACACAGUGUGAGAGAGAUGUAAAGAGAGAGUGAGUGUGCGAAGAGCGGGGGACAAGAAGAAACAAAGGGAAGGUACUGUGACGCUGUAAAUGGAUUUCUCUGAACUGACGAAGGUUAUACUCAACAGAAUUAAGAAUGUGGAGUCCGAGAAUGCUAUAAAGAUUCUAGGAUGUAUAUUUCUGACUACUCCAGAUGAGGAAAGAAUGAUUCAGUUAGCCCUUGGGCCCGACGAGGAUUUCCUUUCUGUUGUUAAUGAAGCAACGAUGACGCUAAAGAUAUUCUUAUCUUCCAAGGUCCCAGCUUUUCCGGCUGAGUCUGUGACCGAUUACGGCAUUGGCCGCCAAUUAGUUUCUUUUUCUAAUAGUAUUGGGCAACGCUAUUUAUCUACUCCAACUGUAUCAGCAGGGGUUCAGGCCCCCCCUCCUAAUCAGUUUGGCCCUAAUUUGUACUCAGACUCUAUUAGUAGUGACGAAUCCAAUCUUCCUAGCCACGCUCAAUUCUUGAGCUUGGAGGAUCAUGAGUUCAGUGCCGUGCACACAGUGGGGCACGACACAUUUGGCAGUAAUCAUUACCACCAAGAAGACGGUCUCGGUAGUUGCAGCCCUACUUCCAGGACUAGCAGGAGAACGGUGAGCCUAGGUGAAUUACCUUUCAAGCCUUGCCAUUAUUUUCACAAAGGAUACUGUAAGCACGGCGCCAGCUGCAGCUAUUAUCAUGGCCAUCUCUCUCUAAAUGACUAUUCUUUGAUGAGUAGCAGCUCAAACAUGAAUGAGAUGACCAUUGAAGACCAAGACAUCUUACCUGGCUCACUUGAGAAGCUAGAAAUGGAACUUGCGGAGCUCCUGAAGGAGAGGAAGGGAAUCCCUGUUUCAAUUGCUUCACUGCCCAUGCUUUACUUGGCAAAGUAUGGUAGAACUCUGCAGGCAGAAGGAUACCUAACAGAAAGCCAAAGACACGGAAAGGCUGGUUUCAGCUUGACGAAGUUGCUGGCCCGCUUAAAUAAAAGUAUAUGGCUCAUAGAUAGGCCUCACGGACAACACUCGGUGAUACUAGCAGAAGAUGCUCCAAAGUGCAUGGAAUAUAGGAAUGAUGGAAUAAAUACUGGAGCAAGCUCGCGUCAGAUUUAUUUAACUUUCCCUGCAGAUAGCACUUUUACUGAGGAUGAUGUCUCCAACUAUUUCAAGCAGUAUGGGCCAGUAAGUGAUGUGAGAAUUCCUUGUCAAGAUAAGCGCAUGUUUGGAUUUGUAAGCUUUGAUCAUCCAGAGACUGUAAAGUUAAUACUAUCAAAGCGAAAUCCCCAUUAUAUAUCUGGUGCUCGGGUUCUUGUUAAACAGUAUAAGGAGAAGUCGAGGAUCAUCAAUAAUAGAAGUUAUAUGGACAAAAUGGAGCCUGCAAUGUAUCCUUAUUACCUUAGAAUGGACCCUGUAAUGCAUGCAAUGCAAAGAGAGUCAGGUAGAUCGAGGGUAAUCAGGAGGCAACAACUAGAAGAACAAGAAAAGUUGGCUGAACUUGAGCAAAGGAGACUAUCGGAACUGAACUUGACCUCCAAGCCGCUUUCUCGACCUUCCUAUUUCGUUGGUAGUAUGGAAGCUGUAGUAACAGAAGAUCAUUUCAGUAAUGCUCUUGAUGCCUCAAAUAAUGUGAGUCCAAAUAAUAAUAAAUCCAGACACUGUAGCAACAGUCAUGGCGACCAAGAGAGUGGACAAAUUGAUUUGCCAGAUAGCCCCUUUGCAUCUCAUCCGGUUGGAAGCAGUAUCUCAGCUGUCAUCUAAAAACAGAACUUUGAGAAGGAAGGCAUGGCAGUCCACUUCUGACAGUCUCAGAUGUAUAUGGUUUUCAUAGAAAUUAUUUAGUUGUACACCUAACAGCCAGAGUGAGCAAAUGUUUCUCUAGUAAGUUUAACAAGAAAAGGGGGAAGUAUAUGAUAGAACUUGACAUAGGAGGUGGUAAUAGCUGAAGCAAAUAUUAGAAUUGAUGUUCCUAAAUAGAUACAUGAGUGGUUUAAUAGUUGGCAAGCGUGCAGAGUUCAGAGGGAAAUUAUGGUGUGGUAGAUUAGUUAACUAAAAAGAGGAAGACGACCAGCGGUCCUCAUAUAAAGAUGAAAGACAGUACUUGCUACUCGGUUGGUUGGUUUGGAAAUAAACUCGUGUGUUAGUGGGCAUUAAGGUAACAGUGACCAUCUCGUGCUAUUACAAAGAAAAUUUCCCCACGCCACUCUGAUGUUUAUGAGCAAUCAAAAUUUAUGUGUAAUGGUUCUUACACUUCAGUUAUCGUUUUCUUUGUGGCUAUUGAUUGGACGGAUCUCUUUGCUUGUCCGCUCAAAACUCUCCAUAACUCUUUCUGGCCAAAAUCUAAGAUAGUGUGCUGUGUGCAAGUAUUUGUGUACAAGGUGUGUGGCGUUUACAUUUCUGUAUUUUUCUACUUCAUGUCUCUUGAUUGCUUGUCAUUUCGAUUUUGGUUUGUUUUCCCGGUGAAAAUGUAAUAACAAGAUAAGAGCAGCUUGCUUCAGUGUGAUAUGACUGUUGCCCGCUUGGCGGAAGGAACGAUCUUGCAUAAGUUGUCCCUUUAUAGCAAAAUAUAUUGCACGCAAUGGAACAAGUGAUUCACGUUUUAGAACACGGAUAUAGUUGCCCUCAGUUCUAUUGAGUGACUACCGUCAACUAUUAUGUCAGCAUAAAUCUGCAUUUCUGGCCGCCUGUCGUCAGGAGAGCUUGUUACAUGAUGGAGGCAUUUAUAAGAAACUGCGUACCGUACACAAUGGACUUUAGUAUCAAGCUUUGCCUUUAGAUGCUGCAGUGUAUGCCAUAGAUUUGCUGUAUUGCUUUCUGCCAAGAUUUGUUGGGUGUUCUUUGAGUAAUUAAUCGUCAUUCCUUGUUGAUAUACUGCAACCCUUUGUUCCUGUUUGUGAUAGAAACACUGUCGCCAUGCAGGUUUCUCUAACAAAUUUAUUUAAAACCUUUCGUAUGGACUGCCUGAGUAAUGGCUACUUUUUUUUUUU